UGUGGGUCACAGUUACUUAUCCUUGAGGACACUGGCCCAUUUUUUAAGACGGUCUUGCUGCAGUCACACGGCUCGCAGAGCGGCUCGAGGACAGCCAGGCUUAUCAACAACAAGCAACCACGAGAUCAGAGGCGGGAGAAGGAACAGAAGGGAAGUCAGCGGAAAGGAUUUCAAAAACAUGGAAAACUUGCCCAACCCCUUAGACAAUUCUUGUCCUCCCCUCUCGUAUUGGAAACUCAGCUGUUGUCCUCAGUAACUCUUUUGUUUGCCAAAGCAUCCCUCACAUUGCUACAUGCCUGACUGGAGACAGUACCCACCAGCACCUACUUUAUACCAAGACAGAGAGAGUUUACACCCAGGGAAGGGCUGGAGUCAAGAAGAAAAGGAUGGUUUGCAACUAAAUAAGGGGCUGAAACUUGAGAUCAAGAAGGAUGGCUCUCCGCCGGCCAGCAGCCCACCAACGGAGAGCUCCAGGCUGGAGGAGAUCAGGAGAUGAGAUCUACUGGGGAGAGAUGUCUUUGCCUCGAGUCUCCCACCCGUCACCUCGACCCCAGAGCGCCAUCGAAGGAGGCCAUCUGGACGCCUGGCUGGAGCACCUGCAGAGCCAGGCCGGACCCCCGCCUGGUAAUCCAUCUUUUACGGGUCAUGACAGGGAGCCGGCCUGCAGACGGUCGAGCUACCCGUCCUUCAGCACGGGCUCGUCCUCGUGUGGGAGCCGGAGCGUGUGCGAGAGCUCGCCGAGCAGCCAGGACUCCCUCCAGGCUGGGUUUCUGCCCCCCUCAGAGCGCAGGGGAAGCUGGGAAAGAGCUCAUAUCAUGCGGCCCCCCAAGAAGGAGCAAGCUCAACUCAGUUAUCUGGCUCCAGUCAAGAUUGGGUGGCUGCCAAUUCAGAGGAGAGUGAUGAUGGUGGCAAACGCUUGCAGCCAAAAGGGUCUGGAUAAUUCUGCUGGACAAGUGAAACUGAAAGAACCCAUCACUCCAACCUUUAAAAGGAACAAGGAAACACCUCAAAUUCAGGAUGCGGCAGCGAGGAGAGGUCAUACCGGUACGAGUUCUUUGGGCGUGAAGAUGUGGUGGACACCUGAUCGAGGCUCCGCUGACAGUAAAAAGGUGCCAGAAAAAUUUAGAUUUCCUGCAGARGAAGGGGGUCGACAUGUUGGCUGGCAAGCUCCGAAGACAGGCUGGAAGGCCAAUGGGGUGUCAGCUUUAUUUGGAGGAAAUAAACUCAAUGAGCUCACUACAAAAACCAGUGCCGACCCCAACAAGACACCRUCUCUGAUGAAAACAACGAGGACAGAGCCCCUCAGCAAGCACUCACCUCUGCAUGGUACAACUUCUACUGAUUCCAGCGACCAACAAACUCCGCUGCGGGGGACAAGGGCCGCAGACGCAAACAAGUCACACACUCCUUCRCAAAGAAGAAGCACUGCUCAGCCUAUGAAAGCAACAGCUUUCUAUGGACCGAGCGACAGUUCCGAAUCUUCACAAGCAAACUCGACCACUCUCAUCCCUCAGAACAAAGCUGGCAUCGCCUCCAUCACCAUCACCUCUAGAAAAGUGAACAGAUCAGCCAGUUUACCUGGAUCCAACUCAUCCAGCAAAUCUCCUUCUCCCCCACUAGACCACCAACCCGUUGACCCAAACUCCACACAGKUUAGAGUGCAAAGGAAAGCCAUGAUAGUCAAGGUGACAGAGAAAAGAGUGAUAGCGAGCACCGGUGCAAGCGCUAGUCGGCCCGGGACACCGCCAGCUAACCCCGAUUUGGACACGGUGGUCCGCAGACGAAAGGCUACCAUCAUCAAAGUAACAGAGCAUAAAGAAAGUUACAGUCCUGCCAAGAUCGCAAUCAGGAAUCCAGAGUACAGACACAGCUUUACUGAGGGACUGCRUCCGGACAUCAGUACAUGGAAUCAGRAAAACGGUUCMGAAGACAAUACAACCYUUCCAAAUCAUCGUUUGAACUCCGCACCAAAUACAAUCACACCCAACGCGCAAACAAACGGUAUGCACAGAUCCUCUUUGAAUCUUUUUGUGAGCAAUCCCCCUGCCCCAACACCCACUUCCUCUGAGCCGUCCACAAAGGCUGUCGGACAGAGAUGGGACAGGCGGCAGAGACCCCUGAGCUGCUAUGGAAGUUUGACAGGACACGUCGAGACGAUCGGGGAGAACKCUGCACAAACAGCUGCCAAAAAAUGGAGCUUUGAGGUUCCACAAGAGACCCGCAUUAACCCUGUGAACUUCAACAGUGGUUUCAUCAGCCCUGGAAAAGCAGCGAAAGAAGCAGGUCAGCCAGCGGCAYACGCCCUCAGCCCGAGYRGAGACGAAAAGGAGAGAAGGCCCUCAUCAGUGGACAGAAUGAGGAGAGCCUCCGCAAGUCUAACACUCAUCAAGGCCCCGGAUCCCCAUCAGUCUCAAGAGGAAGUGCUUGCCCUCAAUGCAGCGGCGAUCAUAGCAAAYAUCAAACUCCAGAGACAACUCAGCAAGAAGAAAGCGCCGAGCAGCCAUCCUGAGGAGGACGCCGCAGCCUCGCCCCUGGGAAAUACGGUGACGGAUGAGAGGAAACACUUCAAGUCCGGCUCUGAUCAAGGCAARAGCCACAAUCAGAAAGAGCCUGACGCUGCAGAGCCUGAAACUAUUUCUCUCCAGCGGGCGCUGCAGAUGACCCGACCAGACUUUAUUCGUCGCUCCCUGAGCAGGGUGCKGGAGCUGGAACGGAGGAGGCAGGAGAGGAGGGAAAGGCGGUGGGGUUCRGGGGCUGGACAGAGGAAGGCCCACAGCACAAAGUCCACCUCUGUGAAUGGUAAAUGCUCCAGCAGCCACUCUGCCGCCCAUUGUCCUUGUGCAGCUGCAGUGGCCGUUUGCCACAUCACUAAUCACAAAUAUGCAGAUUCAGAACAAAGAGCAAAGAUCCGGGCUCUCUCCCUGUCUCCGUUUUAUCUGCACUCAUAAAGAUCCUGGCUUAAAUUAAUCCCAGUGGCUGAUUAGAAGCUCUAUAAAUCUACCUUUUUUUUUUGACGUUUUCCUUAACUGCAUCUUGAACUGACUGCAGCAGACUCCAAAUUUGAAUAAGUUAUAGAGGAACAUCCACGGAUUACUUUUCUUUUGGAUCCAUUUAUUGGUUCGUGACAUAUUUUGAUGAACACAGACAUAAAUGUGCUCCGUCACAUCGAGCCAAGGAUUAAAUCCUGAAGUGGUGCGUGGAGGAAAAGAUAGAUAUAGUGUUUUGAUUAAAACGUUGCAAUAAUUGCAUUUUAAUUGCAAUGAAUAAACGCCGUUUCAGUGCAUCAUAUGAAUUUAUGUCUGAAAUAUAAUCCAGAAUAAUUUUUACGAAACGCUUUUUUGAGCAACAAAAGCACGAUUUUGAGCAAAACAACAAACAAAAACACUCCUAUAAUAGUUUCAUAUUUUCCCUGCAAGCUAAAGUCUUUUUUUACUUUACAGCUGGUAAAUCUCAAUAUC